AUGAAUAGAGUGAAAAAAGGGCAAGAAAAGAUUGAAAUUAUUGAAGAAAUGGCAGAUGAAAUUAAAACUAUGUCCAAAGAGGACAAUGAAGAAGAUGUAAUUCUUCCAGGAUUUCGAUUUCAUCCAACUGAUGAAGAGCUUGUUGGGUUUUAUCUACGACGCAAAGUCGAAAACAAAAGAAUCAACAUGGAAGUCAUCAAACACAUUGAUAUUUACAAAUAUGAUCCUUGGGAUCUUCCAAUAGAGGAUAAAGAAAUGUAUUAUUUCUGCAUGAGGGGAAGAAAAUACAAGAACAGUGUAAGACCAAAUAGAGUAACAAAAAGUGGAUUUUGGAAAGCAACUGGUAUUGACAAGCCUGUUUAUUCUUCUACUACACAAUGCAUUAUUAUUGGACUCAAAAAAUGUUUAGUUUAUUAUAGAGGAAGUGCUGGCAAAGGCACUAAAACUGAUUGGAUGAUGCAUGAGUUUCGUCUCCCACCAACUUCCAAUGCUAAUCACCAAGCUGAAGUUUGGACCCUAUGUAGAAUAUUCAAGAGGAGUACUUCCACUUACAAGAGAUCAUCAUACAGUACACAAGAAGUGAAGCAUCUACUUGGGGAUGCAAGUUCUAAAGCAUGUAGCAUGGAAUCUGAUGAAAACAAUACUGAUCAUGACCAUUCCAAUAGCUUUAAAGAUAUAUCUUUUCAACAACAAAAUUAUAAUAAUUAUGAAGCUCAAAUGGAUGAAAUUAGGAACCAACAAAAUCUAAUAUCUCAUGACUCUACAUUCCCAUCAUCAAGCUCAAUUAGCUUUUGGAACACAAAUAGUACUCAAGAGGAGUACUUGUUUGGUGAUCAUGGGAAUAAAUGGGAUGACCUCAAAUCAAUAGUUGACUUAGCAACAAUGAUGUAGAUGAAAA